GGUCAGUGUAAUCCCUGGCCGUAUCCAAUCAGUCCAUGACCUGCUGCCGAGUCUUGAGCAGUUCAGCUGGGUAUUACAUAGGUUGGAGAACGCCACACGUACAACUAACACAGGAACAACGAGAUGAGUGUUUUACGGCCAUUAAAACACGGCGGCUCUCAAGCAUUGGCCACGCAAUUUCGCCUGGCCUUGCCUCAAAAGAAGACGAUGAGUCAAAUUGUACACCGAGCGAGGAAUGUUAUCUUGGAGGAAGAACUUAAUGAUGAGGAGGAAGAGCCACCCGCGCUUCCAAAGCGUGUUUUCAAAAUGAGGUUAUCUCAAUUCGAUUGUGAUUAUAUGGAUGAGUACGACUUCGAUAAAGACGACGAUUCUGACAGUGAAGCCAUUCCUGAGGGAAUAGAGGACGAAUCGCAGAAUGCCUACAUGACUGCCUGCAGAGACUUGGGGAUAAUUUCAAACAAAAACAUCAUGGACAGUUUACUCACCAGCACAAUGACACUAACAAACCAAAGGCUCACAACAAAAGACAUUCGUGCAUUUUCCAUAGCUCUUCUUAAAAAUAGUUCCAUUGACGUUUUGACCUUGGAUUCUAACAGUCUCCAACCAAAGGGCAUUGAAACCAUUUCACAAAUACUGCCACACAAACGAGAGAUAACGGAGUUGAGCAUUACCAACAACUCGUUAGGUUCUCUUGGAGCUAAGGAACUGUGUGAGGUUCUUGUAGGAAGCAGUACUAUUAAAAAGGUGGACUUUUCAGGAAAUGGUUUUACCGAAAAAGAUGCUGAAUAUUUCAAAGAGGUACUGGAAGAAAAUAAUGUGAUAAAAGAGAUGAACUUGAGUCAUAACGAGAUGAGAGAGAAGGGUGGAUCAGUGCUAGCUGAAGGCAUAGUGAAGAACGACUGCCUUCGGGUGUUAGACCUCAGCUGGAAUCAUCUCCGGUUAGCAGGCGCUGCAGCCAUCGGGGAGAGCCUACAGACCAACAAUACACUUGAGGAAAUAUAUCUCGGUUGGAAUGGAUUCAAUGUGAGAGGAUGUUUGGCCCUCGGAAAAGCCUUGGAAACAAACAGUAACCUACGGGUAUUAGAUUUAACUUGUAACAGGAUCUGCGAACUCAGUGUGUCGCAGCUUCUCAAAGGGCUGAUCGCAAACACAACACUGGAGGUGCUCAAGCUUCCACUCAAUGGCAUCUACCCCUCUGGAGCUCUCACCCUUCUUAAAGUGUUGGAGAAAUACAAAACUAUAACUGUGAGCCAUGUAGAUCUUGGGACCCAGAGCGUCACAGAAGAGUUCAUUCAACUGAAAACCACCCUGGAGGCCACGCGGAAGUUGAAGGUUCUCCACGGCCCUGUCUUGAGGCAGGAACUGAAGUUCUCCGCCAUCCAGGAAGAACUGGAUGAACUUGUUGAGAAGAGCAUUGAUGACCUCAUGAAGGAACAUCCCAUGACGGUCCUCUUUGAGUUCGCGAGGCAGCAGAACUUUCGAAUUCUUGACAUGUUCACGACUUUAGAUUCCGAUAAAAGUGGAACUCUGACUAGGCAAGAGUUUGAAGAAGGGUUUAUAAAAGUCAACAUCCCCAUCCCAAAUGCAGCGCUGCACCUUCUCCUAAAUAAAAUGGACCUCAACAACGACGGAGUUGUGGACUACGGCGAACUCGUGUUUGGUCACCGAGAGUACAAGAGAAAGGUACGAGAAGCAAUAGCCGAAGAAGAUUUUACAUCUACUGAAAUUGGAAGAAUUUCGACCAAAAUCAAAGAUUUAAUGAAGAAAAAGUUCUUAAUGCGAACUUUCUAAAGAGGCCUUGAAGACAUCUAAAACACCGUACAAGUUAAUUGAACUUUCAUCGGAGAAAACUGAAGAGGUCUACGAUUUGUUUGUCUCAUUGUUGUUUAACACCGCACUCAGCAAUAUUCCAGCUAUAUGACGUUUGUCGCCUUGCGACAAGCAUAGUCGCCUUUUACGGCAAGCAUGGGUUGCUAAAGGCCUAUUCUCACCCGCCGGAUCUUCACGGGUCGAAGAGGUCUAUGAAACAACCAGUGAAAUGUGUGUUUUAUGUGGAUCAAUGGUAAUGUAAGUAACACAUGCUAAGACAUAUAAGUAUAAUACUUACCUUCAUCAUCUAAAACAGUCAUCCGCAGGAUCCUUCACUUGCUGAAAUUGCAUCACAAAUGCUUUGCAGACCAUUGUGCUGUUAUCAUUACGUGACGUCACAGUCAAAUGACAUCACAAAUCUCUCUGCCACAGAAGCUGGUUAGGUGAAUUUUCUACAGCCAAGACACUGAUUAUUACUGUUUACAAACUGAAAAGGUUGGAAGAAUA